GGACCGAUGUAUGGACCGAUGCUGCCAGAUAGAUAUGUACCUGAGAUACCUGGCUUGCCGCAGUGUGAAGAUGAAGUCAUAAAUCGUUUCAAUGAGGGCUUACAGGAUUUAAUGGACGAAGAAGAACAAAAUAAAGUUUGCGAAGAAAAGGACACUUCAGAAGUCUACGAACCUUACAGACCAACGACGUGUCAAGAACAAGUCCUUGCGGUAAGGCAAGGAGUUACAGAUCGCUUCAAUGAAGGCUUAUAUUCCUUAAUGGAACAAGAAAUCGAGGAGAAGGGUUGUGAGGAUAUGGGGCCUCAAAUGGAAGCGCAAAUGGAUGCAGAAGUGGAGGUGCCACAAAAUUACGAAGCUUUCGCGAUGACAACGUGUAAAGAUCAGCUCGCGGCUGUACGACAAGGACUUACAGAUAAUUUCAAUCAGGGUUUGCAAUCUUUAAUGGAACAAGAGAACCAAGACAAUGCUUGCCAGGAACCGCCACCGCCAGCGCCACCGUCGCCGGAGAUAUGCGAACCGGACAUGUAUAAAUAUAGUUGUCGAAAUGACGCUAUGCGGCGAAGACAAGCAUGUUCAAAUCGUUUCCAUGAAGGUUUACAAGAUUUGAUAGAGAAGGAAGAGCGAGCGAAGGCCUGCAUGCCAAAGACACCAGUGAAACCAGAACCACCAACGGAGCCUUGGAAAACUCCGCAUAUUUUAACGAGGCGAGAUAUGGAUAUACAAGUAAGAAAUGAUUUCAUGCGAGGACCAACAAUGGAAGAAAGACAAGAAAUGAUGAAAUACGAAUCGGCACCACGGGGAAAGCGUGCAGCAUCAGAUAUAGCUUACCAACAGAGAUUCCAGAGGCGCAUGACUAAUCAGUUGGAUCUCAUAUCACAAGGUAUGGAUAAUCUGACAAGAAAUAGGUUCCAAAAACCUCGUAGGCCGAAACCUUGUCCUCAGGUGUGUCCUCCUCAGCAGUUCCAAUGGCCCAAAAUAGACUCAAAUAUAGAAAACUUGGACGAUAUUACGAUUGACUUAGUAGGAUCGAGCGCUGAAGGCGACGAUAUGUGCGAAUAGGAACUAAGAACAAAAGGAAGCAAUUGGUAAAG